CUCUGGUGACACCGUCGCCACGGCAACGCGGCCAUACUGGCCCCAACGGACUGGGGGCCUGGGUUGCGGCGGCCGCGGCCUCGUGGGCAGAGCCGGCGGCAUGGACAGCCUCUUCGUGGAGGAGGUGGCCGCCUCCCUGGUCCGGGAGUUUCUCAGCAGAAAGGGCUUAAAGAAGACAUGUGUGACCAUGGACCAGGAGCGCCCACGCUCUGACCUCAGCAUAAACAGCCGAAAUGAUCUCCGCAAGGUUUUGCAUCUUGAAGUUCUCUACAAGGAGAACAAGGCAAGGGAAAAUCCUCUAAAAACAAGCCUCGAACUCAUUACCAGAUACUUUCUGGAUCACUUUGGAAGUACCACUAACAAUUUCACUCAAGAAACACCAAUUCCUGCACUCUCAAUUCCAAAGAAAAAUAACAAAUCACCACCGAGAUGCUCAGAGACCACACUGGUAAAUAUAUAUGACCUUGCAGACGAAGAUGCAGGACGGAGAACAUCAUUGUCAGAAAAAAGCAAAGCCAGAUGUGACAAUCUUGAUGGGGAUUUACUGGGUAAUUUUGUAGCAUCCCAAAGGCCUCCACACAAAAGUAAGCCCGUGCAGGCCGUCCCAGGUGGGAGCCCGUCUGUGGCCCCUGCAUGGGAGAAGAUGGACAGGCUCCAGUCGUCAGAACCUUCAUCGGACAUGAAAAGGAUGGGAGAGAAGGUCAGGCCGAAGUCUGGCCUGAUUGUCCGAGGCAUGAUGGCCGGGCCCGUCGCCAGUUCCCCGCAGGAUUCCCUCCGCAAGCGCUCCCUGAGGCGGUCCCCCUCCUUGAACAGCGGCUCCCCUCAGGCCCCUGAGGAAGAGGGCUGGAAAGUGCCUGAGGUCUCCGCCCACACCCCGCCCCAUCCUGCAGCUCAGGAGGGCCUGGUGUCCAGCACUGGCUCCACUUCCAGGAGUCCCCAGGGCCUACUUGGUGAGCUGGCCUCAGAAAGGCUGAGCACCACACCUAGCGGCCUCCCUCACUCGCCCAGCAAAGGCCUCCAGCCCAAGGGGAGCAGCAGGUGGCGGGAUCUUGCAGAGGACAGCCCAGCCGUGGACAGCGGCUCAGAGGCCAACAGGACGCACUCGAAGUCCUCCUUGCCAGGAGGGGGUGCUAGGAUGACCCAGGAGAGGCCGGAGAGAGUGUUCACGCGGCAGAGGAGCCAGCCCCUGCCCCUCAGGAAAAAUCAAUUGCCAGUGUCCCCCAAGGCUGAUGGAGAGCUGGGCGUCCUGCAGCUUGAGGAUGUGGAGGAUGAAUUGAUGAGGGAAGAAGUCAUCCUGUCUCCAGUCCCGUCCCUGCUCAAGCUGCAAAUAGUGUCAAAGCCAAUCGACCUCUCAGUGGCCAAGGACAUAAAGGCCCUUCUGUUUGGUUCCAGCUUCUGCUGUUUCAAUGAGGAAUGGAAACUUCAGAGUUUCUCCUUUAAUGACAAAGCCUCGUUAAAAUAUGGCAUCGUGCAGAAUAAGGGGGGUCCCUGUGGGGUUCUGGCAGCUGUCCAAGGUUGUGUCCUACAAAAACUCCUGUUUGAAGGAGAUAGCCCAGUUGACUGCAUUCGGCAGCUGCAGCCUUCCAAUGCCCGCAGGACCCACUGCCUCGCCCUGGCCAUCGCGGACAUUGUGUGGCGGGCUGGGGGCCAUCAGAGAGCCGUGGUCACACUGGCUUCAGGAACACAGCAUUUCAGUCCAGCAGGGAAAUACAAAGCAGAUGGAGUCUUAGAAACACUCACACUGCACAGUCUGACCUGCUAUGAGGAGCUGGUGACUUUUCUUCAACAAAGCAUCCGUCAGUUUGAAGCCGGUCCCUAUGGAUGCAUCCUGCUCACCCUGUCUGCCAUCCUGUCCAGGUCCACGGAGCUUGUUCGCCAGGACUUCGAUGUCCCCACCAGCCACCUGAUUGGAGCACAUGGAUACUGCACCCAGGAACUUGUCAAUCUGCUCCUGACCGGGAAAGCUGUGUCCAAUGUUUUCAAUGACGUGGUUGAGCUCGAUUCUGGGAAUGGGAACAUCACGCUGCUGAAAGGCAUCACGGCGCGCAGCGACAUUGGAUUCCUAUCUCUGUUUGAGCACUACAACGUGUGCCAGGUGGGCUGCUUCCUGAAGACCCCGAGGUUCCCCAUCUGGGUGGUGUGCAGUGAGAGCCAUUUCAGCGUCCUCUUCAGCCUGGAUCCAGAGCUCCUGCGGGACUGGAGGGCUGAGAGGGUCUUCCACCUGUACUACUACGACGGCCUGGCCAACCAGCAGGAGCAGAUCCGGCUGACCAUCGACACCACCCAGACCAUCCCUGAGGACAGAGACAAUGACCUCGUCCCGCCCCUUGAGCUCUGCAUCAGAACCAGGUGGAAGGGGGCAUCGGUGAACUGGAACGGCUCAGACCCCAUCCUGUGACCUUUCCUGUGGGUAAGCGUUUGGUUCCACCACUCAUCACCAGGGGUGACAGCUAGCCCCAGGCCUCAGGGACGAGUCCUUCAGACGAGCGUCACCCUUGCCUGGACCAGCAGUGCUGCAGAAGCAUCCAGAACCUCCCUGCCCCUUCCAGGAAGGGCCCCCAGGACUGUGAUGAGGGCCCAGUGUGCUGCUACACGGUUCCCUCCCAGCCGAGCCGUGACUGCCAAGGAUCAUACCGCCCCUGCCACUUUUUGUCUGCAUCCCUCCCUUACUUCCUGCUGGGCCGCCUGUCCCCUGGUCAAGCCUGUGCUGUGGUCAGCCGGGGGACCCUGGGUUCAUCAUUUCUGGUAGCUGGCUUUUUAUAAAGCAGAAGUCAAACCCAUGCUGAGGACAGAGAGAGACUCAUUCAUUCUGUUGUGGCAAAGGAAGCCUGAGGUUUGCAUGGUUCACGGCUGGGGUGGGAGCAGUGAUGGAGAGCCCUGGAGAUAUCCCCUAACAAGGGUCUCUGCAGGCAGGUGAUGCCCUCUUGUCCAGUGGUAGCCCUGGCUGGGCUUCUGGUCUAGCCUGUCUUCUACUGAUCAGCCUCAGGUCUCUGGCACCAGGCUCCGUAAGCCAUACUGACCAGGAGCAACUCAGGUCUCAGGGCAGACCCAGAUCCCCGGGAGGCCAGGUCAUGUGCACCUGGAGUGUAGGCUGGACCUGGCCAAGUGGAUAUGGGGAAAAGAACCUUCUAGGGAGGGACCUCUUGGCCACAGAGGGCAAGAAGAUGGGGAUGAGCAGAGGGAGCAGGUGUGGCUGCCACAGAGCCCUUGUGAAGAGAACUGCUGGAAAUGUGGGUGGGCAGAGCCUGUGGAGGACCCCCGCCCCCGUCCCAGAGCAAGGGUGGGACAGGUGGGAAUAGGAAAAACACAAUCACUCAUAAAGGGGAAAUUGUACAGUUGCAGCCUCCCCGAUUCCAUUGAUUUACAUCCUCCUGGCUUUAAAAGGGAAUAUGAGGGAGUAUAGAGAUGCAGUAGCAAGUGGGGAGAGAAGACUAGAGAGAGAGAGAGAAAUGUGUCCAAAACCAAAGGCAAGGAACCCUUUGUGAUGGCUCCUAACAGCAGGACUGAGCAAGGGCACUCAGAGGCAGAGCAGUGGCCUCCAGGAGCCCCUGUCACGAGGUCCGUCCACGUGAGAUGCCAGGAGCAGCAUAAGGGCAGAGUCUCCAGCGGAGCUGUCCAGUGCCCGCCCCAGCUGCACCCAGCAAGGGCAUGGGCCAUCGCUCGCAAUGGGCCCUGCAGAGGUGGGUGUUUGCACAGAAGGAUCAGGGUGUGAGCUCCUCCUGUGGCUACCUGGCCCAGGGAGAGGCCUGAGAGAGUCCCGGUCACCGGGCGGCAGCUGGUCCCCAGCCCCUUGUGUGCCCCUCUUGGGCUCGGGACACAGCAGCUCAAGGACAGUGUUCCCUCUGCAGCGCCGGCUAAAAGGAGACACCUUCUCUUUAAGCACCAGGCUUAUGGAGGGGACAGCUCAAGGGCCUGUUUUGCACUCUUGUGGGCUGGGCAUGAGCCGUGGCCAGAUUGUCGCAUUGUCGUAUUAUCGUAUUGUGGGUCUUUGGGGAGAAGCUGGGAGGAGCCGGGAGGGAAGUGAGAGGCAGGGAGUGCCUUAUCCAAGCUGCGCGGAGGCCCCAGUGGGGUUUGCUGUGUAAACUCCAGCGGCCAUUCACAGCGGGCGUCCAACAGAAAUGCUUCCUAUAUGUCCCCGAAAUGUUUAUGCAUUUGUUUUCCUUGGCCAGGGACGGGCUGCGCCAGCUGAGUGCUGGCGGAGGAAGUCGGUUUCCCCACAGCAAGGCUUGUUUAUCAACCCGGGAAGGAAAAGUGUGUCUUUUCAAUGAAACUCACGUAACCUCCUGACCAGGGUCCCAUUGGCAGGGCUGGAGAAAUCAAAAUAUUCCCAGCGUUGCUUUAAAAACCCAGUUCCAACAAAUUAUAAAAACUCUUCUAGAAGCCAAGAUGCAGGUACAUGCGCAGUGUGACACUCCGUGCCUGGGGUUUCCUGGAGCGGGAAAGGAGCGAAGCCCAGCACCACCCUCUCCUGGAGUGGACCCACAGUACUGUCCCUGAGCCUGUGAGACACGCGGGUGUUCUCCACCCAGGGUGCAAGGCUUUGUCCGGAGACUGCAGACAGGCUUCCACGGGUCCCUGGUCUCCUUCCCAAGUUAUAUUAAAAUCUUUGUGUACAUGUA